AAGUCCAUCAGUGGUCACAUGUGAGGGAUUCUCGCUAUUGGUUUUGCCUGAGAUUAGAAUGAACUUUGUCUCAGUUCCUCUUGUAAAGGAAGGGAGACUCGCGGUAUGCGUCUGUAGCUCGGUAUGUAGGAGAAAUACUUUAAAUAAGUGUUUUAUCAAUGGACCAAAUGUGUUUGACAAAGAGUGAGGCGCUUAAUGGUUAAUAGCAGACACAGCUGGAGAGUCGGGGUGCGCUUUGGACACAGAACAGGGAAUGAGUCCAGCGGAAUGGAGGGAAACGGUUCCCAGUUUCUAGCCUGACAUUGCUAUCUUCGGGGUGUUGUCUAAAUAAAGGAAGUAGCCUCGGAGUCAUCGUGCAGGGAGGCAUGUAUGAGAACAGAUCGGAUGAUGUUGGAUGUGAACCAGCUGUCAGUGACACUGACGCCCACGGCAGCGGGAGGUCCAAACAGGGCACCGUUGUGGAGCGACUCUCGCGGUAUGGCAUGCAGGUCAUGCCCAGUGCUUUCCAGCGUAGGUCGCGGCUGCAGAGGCAGCAUGAGGUCACUGACAGCUCCGCGCCCGGAGGCUCUGAGGACAGGGAGCCUCCGGAGAGAGUCUCUAUCACACCCGCUAUGCGUAAAAAGUACCUGAAGGAGCUGCUUUUGAGCAACCCGUCACACAGCGGCUUCAGCAGCGUGCUGUCACACACUCCCAGCGUGUCCUCUGAGCAGGACGCGAGCUGGGCUCUGUACCCGAUGGAGCACGCGUGGAUGCUUUCUGCAGUGGAGGGCAGCUAUGAGACCAUCCUGGACUUCAUCUCAGAGGACCCUCAUCUGCUGACCAGGAGGGAUUUCAUCAGUGGGUACUCGGUGCUGCACUGGCUGGCCAAGAGAGGACAGGACGAGACUCUGCUCAAACUUUUGCGGUACGCGGAGAGCGCGGGGAUCCCGGUGAAUGUGAACGUGCGGGGCAGCGGCGGGCUCACCCCGCUGCAUGUCGCCAGCAUGCACAGACAGUACAUGGUCGUCAAGCUGCUGGUGGGAGCUUUCAGCGCCAACGUCGAUGCCAUGGAUUACAAUGGGAAGAGACCGUGGCAGUAUCUGCAGGGAGACGCCCCGCUGGAGAUGAAGGAGCUGCUGGGGACCUGGGACGAUGAGCACAGCUGUGCGUGUGCGCCACUAAAUGUCAACAGGAACGUCAACAAUAACAGCGCUGGUGCUGGUGCCAUGAACUCUGCUGCAUAUGACGAGGUGGAUCAUGGAGGGACAGAUGAGGUGGACUCGUGUGACCGGACUAAGAGAGCAGGCGGCUGGAGGCUUGGGUCUUUAAGGAAGCUGCUGCCCUCGUUUUCAUUUUUUGGAAGCAAAGGCUGAGUUAUUAUGACACAAGCCUCCAAAUAUGUGCAUUACUUCACUCUCAGAGACUCCUUACCAAGUCAUUACCAAGUCAUUUCUGCCUAUGAAUGAGUCCUUACAGUGGGACAAGCCAGGGUGAAUCUAUUUGUUUAAUCAAAAUUAUUUUUCGACAGCAACAACCUGGUUUGACCUUUUAAGACAAACAGCAAUUUGUAAUAUAUUCUUUAAAACAAGUUCUCUGUUGGAAACAGACUAAAAUUUCCUGCUGUAGGCCUACUUGCAGAUUUUUAAGAAAACAGGUUUUCAGGCUUUAAUUACAGGCAGAAAUGGCUGGAUAUAUUAUCAGUGAACAAAAGGAUAACAAGCUUUUUUCUUGAAAUGUUUUCCUUGUCAAAUACUUGAUAUUUUCCAUUUUAAAGCUUCUAAAAAUCCUUAAAAUGAAACUGCUUAUGACUCAUAUCCUCUUGUGAGAGGGUCACCAAAUACAUAUUCACCCUCUGAAACCUGAGCACACUGGCUUGGGUUCCUUCAAAAACAUGGGAUGAAGGCAGUUAAAAGAAAUAACCCAAAAAACAGCAAGAACGUAGUAAAAAGAAAAAAAAUUAAAAGGAAAUUAGUAAAGUAAAUAAUAAAAAGUAUAUACGACCAGGGAAAGAACUAAAAAUUUUGUAUCAUUAUUUUAAAUACAUAUUUUUUACCCUAGCUUGUCUUUAAUCCCCUAGCUUUUUAAAAAAAAUAUUGUUCUAAAUCUAUUAUUUUUUUCCAAUUUGUGGAACAUUUCCUACCAAGCUGCUCUUUGUCUUUUUCCCCACGUUCUUCAAAGAAACUGCACCAGUUUGCUCAGGGUUCAAAGCUUUGAAUAUUUACGAAAGGCGUCUGAAAGCAGCACAGGAAAAGUGAUGUUGCUACAGGGUUUCAAAGGAUUAACUGGACUCAAGCCAAAAAGGAGACACUGCACAGUUUCAUCAAUAAUCCACUCAGUGUCAAUACUGCUUUUCAGAUGGUCCCAGAGUUUCAUCUGGUUUGAGUACUGGCACAUGAGUACAUUACUCUGCAUUAACUUUCACCGAACCCCACUUUAAUAAAACACUUAAUACACAUACUGAGCUUAUUUUUAACAUGUCUUGCAGCUGACCCAGUUCUGCUUGUGUACACAAAUGUAAGCGAUUACUGACGUGGCGUACGUUUUCCCCCAGGUUUUAACACUUUAAGUAAACAUAUCAUAGUUUGUCCUGCUACUACAUUAGACUCCUUGAAUAGCAGUGCUGUGUUUGGCACAAGCAACAAAGCCAGAGCUCAGAUUCUGACCACAAUCUUCCAUGAAACAGUGAUUCACAAAGUAUUUGCUGUGUGGCCAAGAGUGAGACCCCUUCAGAGUGAGUACUUCUGUUUCUGCAGAGCUGUGUCAGCACCACCCUUCCCCAUGCCAUGUUUGGUUUGCCUCAGAAAAACACUCAACUAGUAGAUGGAUUACAAAAACAGCCUCGUAUCAAGUUUGAUCACAGAUCUUUUAUUGUCAAACAUGAGCACAACCAGAGUUUCUGUACAAAACGACUGCUGCUCCAGAUAACAUGGCUCCCUCCCCGCGGUCAGGCCCAGCAGCUGGAGGUCCUGGCAGAUGUUGGGAUGGAGGGACUCUGGGAUCCUGGGACCCUCAUGUUUACAGGCCCAGCUUGGUCCUCCUCCAGUGUCUCCUCUUGGAGUUGUACCUAAAGACAUGAACAACAAAUUUCAGAUGAUGUCAUGAUAACAAAUAAACUAUAAAACAGGGCUCAAAAGAGGGAUGAAUUUAUAGUGACACAGAUGGCAGCUGAACUAAGAUCGAGUCUGAGUAGUAAAGCUUGUCAUAACAUUUUAAGAGAUUAAAAACUCCACCCUGAGCUAUGCUGUCAAACUGUGGUUUCCAUGUUCAUGAUAAACACUGAGGCAGAACAUGUAUCUUGCAGUGAUCUCCUCUGUCGUCUAUUGGUUGUGCCAUUUUUGCAAUUAAAGGGACACAUUAGAAUUUUUUAACUUAGUUUUCCCAUGGUUUUGUGUCUAUAUGACUGAUGGGAACCAUUGUUGAGAUUGGUCCAGUAUUGACAAGAGCAUGGCAGCCACACCAGUGAAACAGGCUGCAAUGUAGUUUCUGAGGGCAACUGUGCAUCGUCAAUUUAUGUCUCCUUAAAGUGCUUUUAAGUGUCUGACUACAUUACAGAAAGGACCCUACAGAGAAGUGAAACCUUUUCCUUGCUUUUCAAUGAUCUGUUUUUAAUGUGUGUAACCAAGUCUUGCUCAAGGAGAAGUCGCGUUCUGAAAUCUAACAUUCCUCAUCUAAAUCAGUCGAACAUUUAGCCAUGGCACUGAAAAUCUUUUACACUAUGCUAUGCUUUCUGUUCUCAAACACAAACUCUCCCAGGCACUCCAACUGUCAACAUUUCCACCGUUGUUUCCUGCAACAACUCAAAAGAUUUCACAAGACUUCUCCUUGAGCAAGACUUUGCCAAAAUAACAAACGGAUCAGCAAAGUGCGAGGAAAAAUGUUUAACUUCUCCAUAGGGUCCUUUUCAUAAUGUCAUCAAACACUUGUGGCAAAAACAAGCAUUUUUAAUGGACAUAAAUUGACGAUGCACUAUUGCUCUUAGGGCUUACUUUGCAGCCUAUUCCGCCACGGCGGUUUCAAUACUGGACGAAAAAUUGUUGUCUCCCUUAAUAACUUAAGACACAAAACCAUGGGAAAGUUUCCCUUAAAGUCUUAAUUCAAUGGCAAGAGCUUAACUAACAAAGAUAGAAUCCACCUAUUACUACACAGGUCUGGAAAUUUAUGUUCAGGCCCAAGCCUCAUUGAUUUUACAGGUUGUAAUUAUGUCCUGUAUUAAUGGUGUUCUCUUGGACAUGUCAGGACUAACUGGGUAGUCGAAAACUACUAAACAGAUGAUACCAGGCUUCUCAUUCAAAUACGGAAAAGUAAAAUUAAGGGCAAGUUCAAGGGUUCAGCUGAAACUAUGCAAAUUCUGUUGGUGCUGCUCCGAUUUCAGAGGCUACAAACUGACACCACAUCCUGAUAGAAACAGUCGGUUUGAUACACACUCCAUCACUAAAGUCACUGCAAUAAUAACAUUUAAAGCGACUGUAAAUCUACUUGUCAACCCCCCUCUGAAGAAACAAUUAUACAUAAUCUCUUUCCACUGGCACUAAAUCAGUGAGGCCACUGUGGGAAUUGUUCCAGACCUCAGUAAUUCCAGAAAAAAAAUACCAUGGAAAUCCUUCAGGAAAGCAAUUAAGUGGGCAGAUCAGCCGAUUGGGCAAACAGUGAAAUGUUCGGCUACAGAGAGCCUCCUAAUCACCACCACAGUGAGCAGGAGUCAGAUCUCUGUAGCAGAAAGAUGCUCUCAGCAGGGUUAAUGACAGCACUCUACUGCAACGGAGUGCUGCAAUUGCAGACCUGCUUUACAUGACAUGAAGUUCCUGUUCCUUCCUCGCAUUAGUCAGUCAUGCAUCUCUGCACUUAGUGAUAACAGAGAGCUCAGAGGCAGCUUGACAGUGAAACAGUACUGGGGUGCAAUUUUAAACCCAUUAGAAAACAGACAAGUUCUCGAGUAGAAGGUUGGACAGUCCUGCAAACCUCUUAAGGACAUUUCUUCUUUUGAAUGUUCAUUUAAUUGUACUGCUGAAAUUAUCUAAGUGCAUGUUAUGUGCAACUGAAUAUAACAGGCUAUUACAUAGGUUUUAUGUAAACACUCAGUUGUCAGUUUAUAACAGUAAAUCUCCAGAGAGCAAGUAAUGCAAUAUAAUACAACAGGCCAUAUGUUCUCUUUGACCAUUUUGGAGGCUGGAGUUUGUGGUGCUGUUGAAUUAUGUCCCAUUAUGAUAUUGCUUAACAUUAGCUGACUGUCUUCAAUGUAAAACAUCUCAAUAUGACAGCACAAGUCAACACCACCACACACUAGCAACUGCAGCCUCUAAAAUGAUAACACUGAAUAAAGACCACUCUGAACAGUCUUAGCAGAAACUGAACAUUGUAACUUACAUGGAGGUCAGAUUAAGAGCAGGACUGUUGUAUAAAGAGUGCAUUCAUUUGAGAUAUGUGUACCUAAUAAAAUGGCAACUGAGUGUACAUGGUGAAUACGUCUAGCACUUAAUGGAGCUGCAGUGACUUGGCUUCUCAUGACGUGGCUGCACAAUUAAUCCAAAUAUUAUCAAAAUCACAGUAGUGUGGUAUCAAAACCGCAGGAGAUGCAGUUGUUUUUUUUUUUUUUAAUAAAAGGUAAAAUAUGUCACAAUGUAUCAUUGUAAAUAAAGCAUUGUGGUGCUAAAGAGACACAUAUAUACACAUCAUAUUAUAGUGGUAAGGUAACAUGCCUCUUUGGCUCUUUUUAUUCUCCAACUGAAAGUGACAUGUACAAUUACCAUUCCCACUAAAACUGUGACUCAUAUUGCAUUAUCUGUCUUUUUGGUGCUUGUGUAGCCCUAACUUGUAAAUAUAAAUAUAUGUGUAAUGGACAAAAUGCCCAGUAUCUGAGAAACUGUGCAAAACACCUGUAUUCUGCAUAAAGCAUUGAAAUAAAUUUACUAUCGAGAGUA